AUGAAAAAUACAACACGAUUAUUUUUCAUAAUUGCUGCAAUUUGUUUACCGCAAAUUCUUCAUGGCACCACAACAAAAUUGAUGCGAAUGGAACGACGAAUGAAGAAUGAUAAAAAUAGUGUGAUAAAUUUUCGUAUCCCAGAAUACUUUGACCUCAGAGGUGAGAAAUUUAAUUCAUUAAUGGAAAUGAUUAAAGAACGUACCGAUAUGUUGCAUAAAAACGAGAUGAAGAGAAAUGAAAUACACAAAAAAUGCUUGUGGAUACUUGGAGUUAUACUUCCAGCAUACGCUUUAGCAUCGAUUAUUUGGACUGCUGCAAAUAUUAUCUUCUAUAAAAGACAGAGACAAAAAUUAGAAAGUGGUGGCAAAGAAAAUACGUUUAAUCGAAUUCAAGAAAGACAACGUUUGCUGGAACGAUAUAAUCAAAUUCCAUCGGCUAAUUUAUCAUCUGUUGAUCAUUCAUCGUUACCUGUGACUGAGUUCAGUGAUGAUGGAAGUAAUUUGAAUGAUAUAGCCGUUCAUUCUUCAUUUGAAGCUAAUCGUGCACGUGUGGAAGCAAUUCUAAAGCGUAAUAAUGAACCACAAUUUAUGAGGAGAAUUUGA